AUCUUUCUUGCAGUUUUGGUCAUACAUAAUCAAUUAAAAGAUGACGCACCAAUUUCCUGCACUCAGCCCUGCUCAGAAGAAGGAGCUGUCUGAAAUAGCUUUGAAGAUCAUCUGCCCUGGUAAGGGUAUCCUAGCUGCUGAUGAGUCCGUGGGGAGCAUGGCCAAACGACUGAACCAGAUUGGUGUGGACAAUACAGAGGAAAACCGACGUAUCUACCGACAGAUCUUGUUGACUGCUGAUGAUCGUAUCAAAGACUUUAUUGGAGGUGUCAUCUUCUUUCAUGAAACUCUGUACCAGAACACUGAUGAUGGAACACCCUUUGUAAAUGUGGUCAAAGACAAGGACAUUGUUGUAGGAAUCAAGGUUGAUAAAGGUGUUGUACCCUUGGCAGGAACCAAUGGAGAAACCACAACUCAAGGUCUGGAUGGAUUGUCGGAACGUUGUGCUCAGUACAAGAAGGAUGGAGCAGACUUUGCAAAGUGGCGUUGUGUUUUGAAGAUCACUGACACAACCCCAUCCUCCCUUGCUAUUGCUGAAAAUGCCAAUGUCCUGGCACGUUAUGCCAGUAUCUGCCAGCAGAAUGGCAUUGUUCCUAUUGUGGAGCCGGAGAUCCUUCCUGAUGGUGAUCAUGAUUUGAAGCGAUGCCAGUAUGUCACAGAAAAGGUGCUGGGUGCAGUCUAUAAGGCCCUAAGUGAUCACCACAUAUAUCUUGAGGGAACCCUGCUGAAGCCCAACAUGGUGACCGCAGGAUAUGCCUGUCCCACCAAGUACAGCCCUGAAGAGGUUGCAAUUGCCACAGUUACUGCACUGCGGCGCACUGUCCCACCUGCUGUCCCAGGAGUCACCUUUUUGUCUGGAGGGCAGAGUGAGGAAGAAGCCACCAUCCAUCUCAAUGCUAUCAACAAAUGCCCAUUGCCAAAACCAUGGGCACUGACUUUCUCUUUUGGCCGAGCCCUACAAGCCUCUGCACUGAAUGCUUGGCGUGGGGAGCAGGAUAACCUGCAGGCAGCUCAGGAUGAGUUCAUGAAGCGUGCUGAGGUUAACAGUUUGGCUUCACUUGGGCAGUAUGAGUUCAGCGGUGAUACUGAAGGUGCAGCUAGUCAAUCUCUCUACAUAGAAAAUCAUGCCUACUGAAAGGAAGCCACAGGAAAAUCCAAAUAAAAAAGGAAUGAAAAAAGUUUUAAAUUCUCAUUCAGCUUCUCGUGAUUGACUGAUCCACUGCCUCUGCUACCUUGUAUAUUGUGCCCUCCUGGCCUACGUUAUUUUGCUCUGUAGCUGAGAAUUAACCAUACGAGUGCUGAUAGCAACACAACAUGCUGUAUACUCUUCUCCCAGGGUUCAUGUAGUUUGGCCUUAAUGAUACUCCAACAGAUUACUGCAAUCUCCAAUAUUACAAAUGUUGUUAAUUGCUUCCCCGAAAGAUUAAAAAGAUUGUUUUCGGUGUUAGCUGCCUUGCCCUGAUCAUCUGGGCUUGUUGUGAACAAAAACACUGGUAGAUCAGAGCUUACUGCACUUUGGGAAGAGGCAAUGUGACUGUGUUGCUACAGCUUCUAAAGUGAGCAUGACAACCUAGAUGACUAUACACAACGUAUAACAGUAACCAUAACACACAAAUCCAAGUUAAUUCCAAACAGUGGUCUGCAUUUUUCUCCCUGCCUAGGAAGAGAAACCCACUGUAUAUUUUUGUGUGAAUUCUGACUAUUUGAGAUUACAGGGGAGCAUUGAGUGUUGUUCAAAAGUAUUUUGUGAUAUAUAGUUAUUGUACUCCCUCCAUCAGGUAAAUAGUUACAAUAAAGUUAUGAAACAAACAUCA